CAUUCUCCUCUCUCUCUCUCUCAGGUACCUGUUUGCUCUCCAGAUAAAGCAUGAUCUGGCGUGUGGACGUCUGACCUGCAACGACACCAGUGCUGCUCUGCUGGUCUCUCAUAUUGUCCAGUCUGAGAUCGGGGACUUUGACGAGGUCCAGAGUUUUCAGCACCUUCUUCACAACAAGUACAUGCCUAACCAGGACGCUCUGAUGGACAAGAUCACAGAGUACCACCAGAAGCACGUAGGACAGACACCAGCAGAGUCAGACUAUCAGCUAUUGGAGAUCGCCCGGCGGUUGGAGAUGUACGGAGUCAGGCUCCACCCUGCUAAGGACCGAGAGGGGACCAAGCUCAGUCUGGCUGUGUCUCAUAUUGGACUGCUGGUGUUUCAGGGACACACUAAGAUCAAUGCUUUUAACUGGUCUAAAGUCCGCAAGCUCAGCUUCAAGAGGAAACGUUUUCUCAUCAAACUGAGACCAGACCUCAAUCAGAGUGCAUACCAGGACACUCUGGAGUUUGUGAUGGCCAGUAGAGAUUGCUGUAAGAUCUUCUGGAAAAUAUGUGUGGAGUACCACGCCUUCUUCAGACUGUUUGAGGAACCCAAGCCCAAAGCCAAAGCUGUUCUCUUCACCAGAGGGUCCUCCUUCAGGUUUAGCGGUCGGACACAGAAGCAGGUUUUCGAUUACGUCAAGGACUCAGAGUUCCAAAAGGUCCCUUUUGAAAGGAAACACAGUAAGAAGGUGUCUGGCGGCAGCCUGCCACCCCAGGACAGAAAGACAUCCACAGUGCCACAAGAGAGUGUCUCAGUGGACCAGACAGACUCUCCUCUCAGGUUGACCCUCCAGGCCCCGGUGGACGACCCUACAGUGACCAACGGCCACCAGGCUGGACCAGAGGCCCAGGCCCUACCCUCCACCACGGGACACCCAGAGCAGCAGAUCUCAGGUGUGAUCUCAGGCAGCUCUCUAGUGGUGGUGAAGGGGCAGAAAGCCUUUCCCUUCGGCCCGGGUCAGAACCCCAACGGGCACCAGCCCUCACCCUUCGGCCCGGGUCAGAGCCCCAACGGGCACCAGCCCUCGCCCAUCAACGCCCAUUCCUCCCCCCUCUCAUCCCCCCUGUUCACCGACGCUGGCUACGUCCGCACGGAUGACGAAGACGAGGUUCGGAGGAAGAAGUUUCCGACUGACAAGGCCUACUUCAUCGCCAAGGAGCUUCUCACCACAGAGAGAACCUUUCAGAAGGACCUGGCAGUUAUAACCGUGUGGUUCCAGGCUGUGUUGGGGAAAGAGGACAUCCUGCCAGACUCAGUGAGGACCCUGAUCAACACCAACUAUGAUCCAGUCUAUCAGUUACACCAGGCCUUCCUCAAGGAGGUGGAGCAGAGGCUGCAGCAGUGGGAGGGGCGGUCCAACGCCCACGUUAAAGGAGACUACCAGCGUGUGGGUGACGUCAUGCUGAAGAACAUUCAGGGGUUAAAGCAGUUGACGUCCCUCCUGCAGCGUCACGGUGAGGUGUUGGUUGAGUUAGAGCGUUCCUGUCGUGCCUCCCAGCGGCUGCAGGAGUUGUGUGGAGAGUUUGAGCAGCAGAAGGUGUGUUACCUGUCCCUGAACAUGUUCCUGCUACGCCCCCUGCAUCGUCUGCUGCACUACAAACUGAUUCUGGAGAGACUCUGCAAACACUACCCCCCCACACACCAAGACUUCAGAGACAGCAGAGCUGCCCUAGCUGAUAUAUCAGAGAUGGUGCUGCAGCUUCAGGGAACCAUGAUGAAGAUGGAGAACAUCCAGAAGCUUCUAGAACUGAAGAAAGAUCUGACAGGCAUCCAGGACCUGGCUAUAUCUGGCAGGGAGUUUAUCAGACUGGGCUGUCUCAGUAAGCUCUCAGGGAAAGGACUACAGCAAAGAAUGUUCUUCCUGUUCAGUGAUUCCCUGGUGUACACCAGCAGAGGUAUGACAGCAGACAACCAGUUCAAAGUUCACGGCCAGCUGCCUCUCCACGGCAUGACAAUCAGGGAGAGUGAGGAUGAGUGGGGAGUUCCUCAUUCCUUCACUCUGUUUGGUCAGCGCCAGUCUGUCGUCGUGGCAGCAAGCUGUGCAUCAGAGAUGGUGAAAUGGAUAGAGGACAUCAGGAUGGCUGUAGUCCUGGUAGAACAGAGUAACAGACCUUCUACUGAUCUACUGUCCACCAGUCGAUCAGACCGCAAGUCUCCAGAAGAGGGCGGCGUGGAGGCUGAGUCAGAGGAGGAGCUGAGUGCGUCUCGUAGCUCAUUGGAGCGUCAGUCAGCACAGAGAGGAAACACGAUGGUUCAUGUCUGCUGGCACCGCAACACCUCUGUGUCCAUGGUGGACUUUAGUGUGGCUGUGGAGAACCAGUUAUCAGGUAACCUGCUGAGGAAGUUUAAGAACAGUAAUGGAUGGCAGAAACUCUGGGUGGUCUUCACCAACUUCAGUCUGUUCUUCUACAAGUCACAUCAGGAUGACUACCCUCUGGCCAGCCUCCCGUUGCUAGGCUACUCGUUGACGGUUCCCGCGGAGACAGAGAACAUCCAGAAGGACUACGUUUUCAAGCUCCACUUUAAGUCUCAUGUGUACUACUUCAGAUCAGAGAGCCAGUACACCUUCCAGAGGUGGAUGGAGGUGAUCCGUAGUGCUAUCUGUUAAGCUAGUCGACCCCUCCUGAGCCAGAGGAAGGAUCCUUACUGACCACGGAGCCAGUGAGGACUAGGAGGACACUGACCAACCCUCUUCUAGACGGCUCCUUCCUGUCCUGUAGGCCUCUUCUAGACGGCUCCUUCCUGUCCUGUAGGCCUCUUCUAGACGGCUCCUUCCUGUCCUUUAGACCUUUCUAGACGGCUCCUUCCUGUCCUUUAGGCCUCUUCUAGACGGCUCCUUCCUGUCCUGUAGGCCUCUUCUAGACGGCUCCUUCCUGUCCUUUAGGCCUCUUCUAGACGGCUCCUUCCUGUCCUUUAGGCCUCUUCUAGACGGCUCCUUCCUGUCCUUUAGGCCUCUUCUAGACGGCUCCUUCCUGUCCUGUAGGCCUCUUCUAGACGGCUCCAUCCUGUCCUUUAGGCCUCUUCUAGACGGCUCCAUCCUGUCUUUUAGGCCUCUUCUAGAUGGCUCCAUCCUGUCUUUUAGGCCUCUUCUAGACGGCUCCAUCCUGUCCUGUAGGCCUCUUCUAGACGGCUCCUUCCUGUCCUGUAGGCCUCUUCUAGACGGCUCCUUCCUGUCCUGUAGGCCUCUUCUAGACGGCUCCAUCCUGUCCUUUAGGCCUCUUCUAGACGGCUCCUUCCUGUCCUGUAGGCCUCUUCUAGACGGCUCCAUCCUGUCUUUUAGGCCUCUUCUAGACGGCUCCAUCCUGUCCUUUAGGCCUCUUCUAGACGGCUCCUUCCUGUCCUGUAGGCCUCUUCUAGAUGGCUCCAUCCUGUCCUUUAGGCCUCUUCUAGACGGCUCCUUCCUGUCCUUUAGGCCUCUUCUAGACGGCUCCUUCCUGUCCUUUAGGCCUCUUCUAGACGGCUCCUUCCUGUCCUUUAGGCCUCUUCUUUCACCCUGCCCUCUCUUCACCUCUGGAGUACCGGCUCACUUUACUCCAGGUUACUUUACUAACCACCUGUCUGUAUUGUCACGGCGUGGCCCUUUUGGGUGUAUAUCCUCCUCCUCUCUCUCCCACCACAGGUGUUAUUACCUCGGUCAUACAUUCCUGUCUGAAAACUCUCCUCACUGCCAUGCAGUAUUGAGGGAGAGAGAACAAAGUGCUUCUCUUGCCAAAACUCCUAAUAUCCAAAAUUGGAGUAUUUUAAACAAUAUUUAUAUUUUUGAGAAUGUGGGAAUAGUCUGUGGGUACCUAAAGAACAAUCAUGUCGCGUGUGGUUCAUUUGGUGUGCUCAUGAAAGACAGGAGCCCCACAUGACUGUAUCUCUGUGUUUGGUUCAUUUGGUGAGCUCAUGAAAGACAGGAGACUCACAUGACUGUAUCUCUGUGUUUGGUUCAUUUGGUGAGCUCAUGAAAGACAGGAGACCCACCUGACUGUAUCUCUGUGUUUGGUUCAUUUGGUGAGCUCAUGAAAGACAGGAGCCCCACAUGACUGUAUCUCUGUGUUUGGUUCAUUUGGUGAGCUCAUGAAAGACAGGAGACCCACAUGACUGUAUCUCUGUUUGUGUUUUCACUUCUCAGAUGUACAUCUAAAUGUUGGAUAAAAUUAAUGAGUAAU